CAUCAAGAUCGAUUCCUUUGGCGAGCAAUUCAUCGAUUCCCUGCCGCUCCUCUUGCUCUAGGCACUUUCAGCGACAGAAGCUGCAGAGGAAGCAGGAUCUGUAACCUUACCUAGGAACAUUUUCUCGCAAGCCCGUAAACACAACCAUCCUCAUCCUUCAAGCCUGUUCCAAGUAAUCAGAGGACUUUAAGCAGCUAUCGAAAAUAACGGGAGGGCCCAGAAUUUUCUUUUGCACUGAACUGGGCUCUUGCUGGAAGAGGUGUAAUAGUAAAGGAUAAGGUACUUCAUAACUUGGAUUCCUCCGAGCUUCAAAAGAAUGGUGCAACUAGAUUAGGUUGUAUUUAAGUUCAGGUUCAUUCUCUGUGUCACUCUUUUAGUUCUGAAUGUGCUUCAUAUAUCAAUGCAUAAACCUGUUGUUUGAGAUUCUUGUAGAAAGCUUGUCUGGUAUUCCACUUCACGUGAGAGGAAAUGCUGUGGAGGGAGCUUCUAAAAUUUCAAGGGCACAAUUUGCUGAACUUUUAAAACAGGUUACCUCUCAUAUUUCUUCGGUAUCUAAUGUAUUUGUUCAAGAUGGGGCUGUUGCUUCUGCUGGAAAAUGUGAUGCAAAGGUUCGUGUCAUAAGUGAUAGUCCCUCUGCAAUACUGUCACUUUCCCAUAUCCUCUGGGAAACACCUAGCAGAGCAGUUUCCCAUGACUCUUGCCCCUUAACAGUCUAUGUUGCUAGCAAUAUCAGUCCAAGAAUCAGUCAGGCUUUUGGUCUUGCAACACAAGCCUCUACUGGAUUUGCAGCAGCCGACAUAGAGCGUUCAUCCCUCAUUUUGUGUGGUAGAGCUUUCGCUGAUGCUAAUGCUAUCAGAGAUGCCUUAGCUGCUUUGGCUGCUCCUUUAAUAUCUGCAAGGGGAGGCCUUCCACUUGCUGCCAGGCUCCUUGAGGCUGGUGAUUCUAUGAUUCUUUUGUUUGCUUCGGAAGACACUAUUCGGACCUGUUCUGAUCUUUGUCAGGCAUUGGUGACUCAAGAUGUUGGAGUUGUUUUGAGUUCUGAUAGUGUGGUUCCCUUUUUCAGAACUAGAGGUCCUGCAAAAAAGCUGCUAAAGAAACCUGCUUCUGUGAUCAUUGCUUCCGCUGACAGCACCGGUGCAAUUCCAUUGGUAUCGAAGCUGUCUCCAGGACAAGCCGCUUAUCACUUUUUGGCGGGCUAUCAGGAUGGAAAAUUCUUGCCUGCUUUCAGCAGAGGUCCUUCGCCUCUUGAUCCUCUAGCACUUGCCAUUGCCCUAUUCUCACAUCUAAAGAAUAAUGAGAUCUCGUCCUUCUUGAUCAAUGUUAACAGUGGUGGAAAGCAUAUAACUGGUGAGGAGAUUAUUAGACUUGCUUCAGUCACUUUAUCCGAUAAAACACCAGAGGGCAAAACAGGGAUUGUUGAUUCCAAAGUUAGAGAUCUCAAGGGGAAGUACAGGAGUUUUUUAUCUAGUAAGUUUCAGGAGUUGCCUGAAGAGUUCACAUUUUGACAAGUGCUUCUCAUCUCGGCAAGCACAGUCCUAUGAUGUCUAUUUUGUGCUGUAAGCCUUCGAAAACAAAGCUGGUCCCGUAUUUAUGGAUGCUAUCUUGUAACGGCAUCGCCAGUUACUAGAAUUUUCAUCCGUAUGAUUCUCGUGACAGGCAUCUAUGGCUAUCCUCUUGAUGGUAUCACUAGAGUCUGGUUAUUGGCUAAAUUGCACUUAAAUGCCCUAUAAUUUCAUCAAUGCUGUAAUUAAGUGACCGCUAUUUUCAAACCGAACAAAUAAAUGCCUCGUAGUAUUUAAAUGUUACAGAUAAAUGCCUAAAGCUUCAAAUUAUCACACUUUGGUGCC